GUCUCGUCCUGUGGCAAAUACCAAGAAAGCACAGACCUUUCUGUUCCCCUCUUUUAUUAGCCUUUUUGGCAUUUGCAUUGACCGUUACUUCUACUUUCCUUUACAAAGAAACCCCUUUCCUAAUCUUGAUUAUUACUACCAUUUAACUAUUUAAGAGCACCAAUAAUCUGUCGCCAUUGAAGAAAGAGUAUUAAAGAAUGGGAAGAAUGUUAGAGAAAGCAAAAGAAGAACUAGAAAUGCUUGAAACCCUUCAUCCUAAUCGAUUUCAUUAUCUCAAAAAUGAGCUUAAUUCCUUCAUUUCUCUUCUCCAAUCCCAACUUAUUGUUGACUCUUUACCUUCUACUUCUUAUGCCACCACUCAAGCAUCAACGACAAUGAGAAGAAAAAGAAAAAGGGUUUGUUUGAAAAAUGAAAUUGAAAUAGAAAAUGGUAAGAAGGAAAGAAAGCAAAAAGAUAGGGUGGAUAUUUUACUUGAGAAGGCUCAAGCUUGUUUGCGAAAGAUUCAGGACUUUAAAUUUACAUUACACUGCUGAUUGCUAGUAAAAUUUUACUUAGCACUUUAUUUAUAUUAAAUAUAUUUAUUUUAUUAAUAAAUUUAAUAUAUUUUUUAUUAACUUUUUUAUAUACGAGAGAAAGAAAGAACCCUGUGCGGUUGAUCACCUCGUAUAGGAUUAUGCUAGUUUUUUUGUGGAUGCUGCUGAUUGUUGAUUGAGUUAUUCUUGUGGGUUUUUAGAGUUGAUAUCUUUUUGGCUUAUGAAUUGACCAGGUCAAUGAUUUAUCUGAUUGAAAUGAAAUUACUGAUA